UCAAUAAUAAAAGCAAAGGGCCAAAACCUGAACCCUGAGGCACACCGUGAUUGACUGGGGCCAUGGGGGAUUCAUGAGGACCAAGGUGAACGGUGAUUUGACCUGCAGGAUGCUAGAAAAAUUUGGAACAACCGGAUUAUUCAAAGACGGGCAGUUACUGAUUGGUGGUGUUUUCCCUGUAUUUACUAAAGAGGAAAACGUUUACGUGUCGUUUGAAACUCGGCCACAGCAAGCGAAAUGUGUUGGGUUUGAUCUGCGUGCUUUUCGAUGGACCCAGGCGAUGAUUUUUACCAUAGAGGAGAUCAACAAGGACAACAGUUUGCUUCCCAACAUCACUUUGGGCUAUCGAGUCCUCGACAACUGCGCCUCUCCAACUCUAACUGUAAGCUACACUUCAACAUGUACGUGCCUCAGCAAUAAAAAAGAGUUUCCGACAUUUUCACGCACAAUUCCAAUGUAUGCCAUCGUGCAUGCACUUCAUGACUUACUGUUCUGUGCAAAAGAAAAAGGUACAACUGUACUGUGUGGAGAUGUUUCAAGAAUAGAGCCCUGGCAGGUCACAAAACAUCUAAAAAGAGUCAACUUUGUGAACCGUUUUGGAGAAGCUGUGUACUUUGAUGAGAACGGAGAUCCUCCUGCUGCCUAUGACAUUAUAAACUGGCAACUCAACAAAGGAGUGGUCAGCCAUGUGACAGUGGGUCACUUUGAUACAUCACCAGAUGGAGGCAGUCAGCUAGUGAUUGAUGAGGACAGUAUUGUCUGGAGCACUGGGAGAGAGGUUCCAGCAGGAGUGUGUUCUGAGAGCUGCCCCCCAGGCACAAGAAGAGCAGCCAGGAAAGGCCAGCCCAUCUGCUGCUUCGAUUGCAUUCCUUGUGCUGAUGGUACCAUAGCAAACACCACAGGUGCAGCUGAGUGUGUGGAAUGUCCACAGGACUACUGGUCUAAUGAUGGAAAAGACAGCUGCAUCCUCAGAGACAUUGAAUAUCUUUCCUACUAUGAUGCAAUGGGAAUCACACUCACUACUGUGUCAUUGUUUGGACUCUGCUUGACAGUAGUCACUAUUUCAGUCUUCUUUUCCUUCAGAAGCACACCCAUUGUAAAAGCCAACAACUCUGAGCUCAGCUCUCUCCUGCUGUUCUCUCUGCUGCUAGAGUUGGACGCAGGGGAGCUGGCUUUUCCCAGUCUCCAUUUCCCUCUCCAUGACCUUGCAUGGCUCCUCCCACCGCGGUCUCCCAGCCAUCACCUUCCCAGUGGCGGAUUCAUGGACUGUCUCAGUGCGCUCUCAGAGGGAAGGGGAAAACAUCCAGUUGACUUGUCCACGCAAGACGCUGGGUAG